AUGGGCCCAGCAGGAACGACACCUACCGCGAUCAACCCGGCACCCGCCCCAAAGCUCAAUGGCCACCCUUUGCGCCCGAAGGAAUAUUUCGAUAAGCGAGCAACGCAGGAAAUGGAGCAACACCUCCGCAUCCCAGAGCGCACCCUUCAAGAAACGCUGGCCUGUGCCUGCAGGGUGAUUGCAUCGAAGCAGGAGGACGCAGGGCUCGCGGGCCAGAUCUCAGCCCGCUCGGAUCGAGGCGAAGGCUUCUACUGGACUUUGCGCUUUGGUCUUGGCUGGGACGAGGCCACACCCGACGACUUCAUUGAGGUUGACGGAGACCUGAAUACCAUCACAGGAACUGGCAUGCCCAACCCCGCAACCCGAUUCCAUCUGUGGGUGUAUGCGGCACGACCCGACGUUAAUAGUAUCGUCCAUGUCCAUUCCCCAUGGACGCAGGCACUUGUUGCCGCCCAACAGCCGCUUGUGGUCGCCCAAAUGGACAUGACUCCCUUCUAUGGCGAUUGUGCCUUCCUUGCAAAGUGGCCAGGGGUGCCUAUUGCCGACCAUGAGGGCGUCAUCAUCACAGAAGCCCUGGGCGACAAGCGUUCUAUUCUUCUCGCUCACCACGGAAUGUUGACUGCCGGGAAGUCUGUUCAAGAGGCCGCGUAUUUAUGCGUGUAUUUGGAGCGCGCAGCCCGAAUUCAGGUCCGGGCAGCCGCAUUUGGACCGCUGAAGGAGGUGGAUGGCGAACUGGCCGCGGAAGCGGGGACUUAUCUUCGACAGGACAGGAUCGUCUUGGCGACGUUUGAGUAUUGGUACCGCCAGACCAAGUCUUUCAAACCUUUGUCGAUUUAA